GGCCUGUGCGGGGGUGCUGCCCCCGCACCUCGGGGGCCUGGCGGGGCUGGCGGGGCCCGUGUGGGGUGUGGUUCCCCCCCGUCAAACCCUACAGGGGAUGUGGAGUGUGAGGGGUCGGUGUGGGGUGUGCUGUCCCCCCACACGUUCCCCGCCCCUGUUCUGUGUGUCCCAAACCUCCCGAAAUCCCCCUUCCCACCUGUUUGUGUCUCCAGGACUUUUCCCAGGACCCUCGAGCACGAGUGCCUCUUCUCCCCAGUUUGGGGGCGUCCCCCCAGCCAUGACACCUCCCAAGAUGCAAACGUGGAUCAGCAACUCGUACCCAAAGCUGGAAGUUUUCAUCCCAUUCCUGGGAAAAUACCACCGCCCGGUUUCGGGGCGCUGCUGCCAGACCUGCACCCCCAGGAGCUGGGAUGGAUUCUAUCCCAAGGAUCUCGCCGCUCUCGGGUUCCGCGACGUCAGCCGCGUGACGGAGACAGACACGCGGUUUCGGGGCUGGCUGGUCCGGAGGAUCUGUGCGUUCCUCGCCGCCUGGGAAUGGAAAAUUCCAGCAGAGACCCCCGGGGAGCUCCUGGAGCGGAUCUGCAGCAGCAGGAGGGUGCAGGAUGACCCGGGGUCUGGAGGGGAUGAGGGAUCCCGGCGGCGCUGGAAGGACGAGAUCUGCCAGAUCCUGAGGGAAAUCCAGGCCCCGCUCUCCCCUCUGCUGCUGAGGCUGUGCCACUGGCUGCUCCCCAAGCUCCUGACCCGUCUGUUCCUGGGCGUGCAGCUGCACCGGGGGCAGCUGGAGAUGGUGCUGCAAGCUGCCAGGACGCCCGAGGUGCCGCUGGUGUUCCUGUGCAGCCACCAGUCCCAGGUGGAUGGGCUGCUCCUGUCCUUCGUGCUCCUCUCCCAGGGGAUCGGGGUGCCCAGGGUGACGGUGGACGCCCGGACCAGCCCUCGCCUCCGAUCCCUGCUCCAGCACCUGGGAGGGAUUUUCCUGCCUUCGGGAAUGGCACAGACAUGGAGUGACUGGGAUGAGGGGCUGCCGGGGGCUGUGCUGGAUGCGUACAUCCAGGAGGUGCUGCGGAGCCGCCAGCCCCUCGUCCUCUUCCUGGAGGAGCCCUCGGCUUCGCUGCGGCUCGCGGACCCCGCCCGGCACUGGCUGCUCCGCGUGCUCCGGGCGCUGCGGGACGGGGCCGUGCCCGACGUCCUCAUCGUCCCGGUGGGAAUCGCCUAUGACGUGGCUCCUGGCAGAGCGGAGCAGGAUGGAGCGGUGAGAGGGGUCCAGGGGGCCCCUCGGCCCCUCGGGAUCGGCACGUGUCUGCGGGCAGCAUUCCAGGCCCUGCGCCGGCCCCAGGGAUGUGCCCAGGUGGAUUUCUCACAGCCCUUCUCCUUAAGGGAAUUUGUGGACAACCACCUCAUCUGGCUCCUCACAGAGAAUCGUCCAGGGCAGCUGCUGCUUCCCACCAUCCUGGGCAGGGGCCCGCCGGAUGUUGGGAAUGUGAGGACUUUGAGUCCCAGUUUGGGGACUGAAGAGGAGAUUUUGGUGACGGCGCUGGGGCUGCACGCGCUGAGCGAUUCCAGCACCUGCUCCGCCAUCACGGCCGUGGGAAUCACUGCGGCGCUGCUGCUCCACAGGCACCGGGAGGUUGUGCUGCUGCCCCGGCUGAUGCGGGAUUUCUCGGAGCUGCUGGAGCAGCUCCUGCUGCGGGGCCGGGCCGUGGGGUUCUCGGGGCAGCUGCGGGCACUGGUGGGGCACAGCCUGCGGCAGCUGCAGCCCCCCUUGGCCCCGCACCCGCCGGGCCCCCCCAGGGCCGCGCUGGGGCCCCCCAAGGCCUCGGCCCGGGUGUGGCUGGGGCGGCUGGCGGGGGGUGUCCGGCACUGCCUGGCCGGGGAGGCCGUGGGCGCCUGUGCCAUCCGUGCCCUGCUGCUGGAGGUGCUGCCUGUCCUGGGUCCCCCCUCCAGCCUCACCAGGAUCGUGCUGAGCCGGGACGAGCUGCUCCGCAAGAUCCUGGAGCUGCUGCAGCUGCUGCCGCCAACCCUGCUGGGGCUCCAGCCCUGCCAGCCACCUGACUGCCGCAGCCUGGACAUCCUGGACAAGCUCAUCCUUGGGGGGCUGCUGGAGGAGGAGGAGGCAGAAGGUGAGCGCUGGGGUUGUGACGUGGCACCCCGGCCCUUCGUGCGGGGCCAUUCCUGGGGAUCCUUCACCGAUGACAGCGACAGUGACAGCGAGCACAGGGUCCCCAAGCAGUGCUACAAGCUCAGCGAGCCCCAGAGUUUCCCUGGCUUCCUCCUCUUCCUCUGCCGCCUCCUGAGUCCCAUCCUGCAGACCUACGGCCGGGCUGUGGAAUUCCUGGAGCGAGGGCCCUGGCCCCAGUCUGAGGCAGACUACAUGGAGGCACUGCUGGAAUUCCUGGCUGAGGAUGAGGAUGGGUAUCCCGACAGGAGCCUGGCCCUAAGCUCCCUGCAGAGCUUCAAGGACAUGGGGGUGCUGGAGGAGCUCCAGACCCCCACCAGACCCCUCCUGCAGCUCUCCCAGCCUUUCCAGUCUGCUUCCAACCGGGAGAAGCUGGGAGCCUUCAUCCACCAGUUCACUCAGCUGUAACCCCCCAGACCCAUAAAGGGGCGCAGGGA